CUUUAUGUCUCCGUGACAAAGAGCGUGAAGCGUUCAACGGUAUUUUCCGGGCCUCGGCCGCAGCUUCACGGUGAUCCGAGCAGGGGGGCCGUGAUGAAACGGGAGGUGGACCUCAGCUGAUUUCUGACGGGUGCCUUUGUGGAGGAGAACUGAGGCUCGGUCCGACAGCCGGGCUCGUUAACCCGAUUAUUAGUGUCGCUCGGUGUCCAGGCUCUGGUAAUGGCGGCCCGGUGUCGGUACAGUCAGGAACGUUAACAGAUGAGCGCCGGUGGCUUUUGUGUGUUAGUGUUUGUCCCUGUGCCAGAACUGAGAGGAGGCCUUGUCCAGGCCGGCCUGCAGCCCUGCGGGAGGUUCUGUAAACCGAGUUCGGCAGAGACCCUGCAGAUCACACAGCUCUGUAUAUGGACGGGCCUUGUUUUUAUUUAUUUACACCUUUAAUUAAAACAACAUUAUUGUUUAUUAUUUCUCUGUAGGCUAUAAUAUGUCAUUAUAUGUUUUUAUUACGUUCUGUUAGUGACCCCUUCGAGCAGCAUGUCAGUAUCAUAUAAGCUAUCUGCUGAGAUUGCUAUUGUUUUCUGUUAUUUGGAUUUCUGUUGAAAUAUAAUAAUAAGACAAAGCUUUGAUUUCAUUUUUAUUAUUAGGAUGUUUGAGUUUUAAAGCGUUGAACCAGUUCAAUCUGUUAAUCCUUCACUUCUCAAAAUACCUCAAACAUCCAGGAACAAAGAGAAACCACAGGACAUGAUGAUAUUUAUUCUACUACCGUUAUAUUUUCUUAAUUUAGGUCUACUACAUGAAAGGACCAGAGCUACUCCCAGUCUGCUUCACCAGGCAGCCAUUUUAUUUUCCAUCACUCUGUUGGACUAAAGGUAGUAAAGUCCGGCUGUACUGCGUCUAAAUACUGCGACCAGCUCAGGGGACUUUAAAGUCCUCCCAGGAAGGCGGUAAAGUCCGGCUGUACUGCGUCUAAAUACUGCGACCAGCUCAGGGGACUUUAAAGUCCUCCCAGGAAGGCGGUAAAGUCCGGCUGUACUGCGUCUAAAUACUGCGACCAGCUCAGGGUACUUUAAAGUCCUCCCAGGAAGGCGGUAAAGUCCGGCUGUACUGCGUCUAAAUACUGCGACCAGCUCAGGGUACUUUAAAGUCCUCCCAGGAAGGCGGUAAAGUCCGGCUGUACUGCGUCUAAAUACUGCGACCAGCUCAGGGGACUUUAAAGUCCUCCCAGGAAGGCGGUAAAGUCCGGCUGUACUGCGUCUAAAUACUGCGACCAGCUCAGGGGACUUUAAAGUCCUCCCAGGAAGGCGGUAAAGUCCGGCUGUACUGCGUCUAAAUACUGCGACCAGCUCAGAGAACUUUAAACUCCUCACAGGUUCUGAACUCCCAAGGUCUUCAGUCGACAGCUCACAGUGAAGAAAAAUCCAGCAGAAAUGAGUUCAGAGGUCAGAAACUGAGGCAGGUGGACCGAGUGAGAGCCAAUCAGAGAGGAGAGCCUCAGCAUCAAGAUGAGCCAAGAGACUUCAGAGACACGGACCCGAACCCGCUCCAAAGGCAUCCGGGCGCCGUCAGAUCUUGUGGGACAAGAGAUGAAGCCGGAGUUCAGCAGCUGUCCUACCCCUGGAUGUGACGGCAAAGGCCACGUCAGUGGAAGAUACUCCCGACACAGAAGUGCGCUUGGAUGCCCCAUUGUGAAGAAGAGGAAGCUGGAGGAGGCUGAAGCCGAGGAGAACCAGUCUGCUCCCAAGAGGAGGAACCAGCCGGCCAAACAGGCAGCCGAUGAAGGCUUCUCCGCAGACAGCGAUGCAGCAGAAGAGGAGGAAGAGGAGGAGGAAGAGCCCAAAGAGAAGAAGCAAGAACAAACAAAAACAGAAGGCUCAGCGGUGACAACCGAGGACACAGAAACAAAGGUUUGUCCUCCGGCUGAAGACUGCAAGAACAAAAGGGUCACCUCAGAGACUGAGAAUGAAACUGAGAAUGAAACUGAGAAUGAAACUGAGAAUGAAACUGAAAGUGAGGAAACGAGUGAGGAAGUGAAGCUGGAAACGCUCACUGAGGAUUAUCAGCAGGAGGAAACAGGGCUGAAGGAGGAGGAGCACGAAGUAAAUCCGUUGGUGACAAAGGACCAGCCAGCAAAGCAACCUGAAGAAGAACCUUUGGUUACUGAGCUUAAAGAGACAAAAGAGGAGGCAGAGGAGGAGGAAGAAGAAGAAAAAGAAGAGGAAGAGCUUCAAGAGAAUAUUGUAGAGAGACAGAUGAUGAGCCAGGAAAACUCUGAUCACCAGUACUCCAGUGGAGAUUACAACCAUCACGCCAAAGAAUCAACUGAGCCGCAGAGUAAGAGGGAGGAACAGGAGGAGGAGGAGGAGGAAGAGGAGCAAGAAGAAGAAGAAGAGGAGGAGGAGGAGGAGGAAGAGGUGAGGGAGGUCCAUCAAGAGGUGGACACUCCUUACACUUUGAGUCCACACACUCAGGGAUCUGAAGCAGAGGUGUCACUCAGGGAAGAAAAGGUCAUGACUGAGGAAGAGGGGGAAGAAGAAGAACAGGAGGAGGAAAGAGAGGAGGAGGAGGACGAGCAGCAGGGGAAGGAAGCAGGUGAGGUGGUGGAGGAGGAAGAGGAGGACCGAGACUCCAGCAAAGCCUCUCCGACCACAGUGGUUAUAGAAGUCCGCUCUGAGGAGGAUGAUGAUGAGGACGAAGAUGAGGAGGAGGAAGAGGAGGACGAAGAGGAGGAGGAGGAGGAGGAGGAGGAAGGAGAGGAGCAGGAUCGUGUCUCAGAGGGCUCAGGAAUCACGGAUGACUCAGAGAACUGGGAUAUGACUCGGGGGAACCUGGGGCUCCUGGAGCAGGCCAUCGCCCUGAAGGCGGAGGAGGUGAAGGGGGGUCAGGAGGCCCGCAGCUCCCCGGACUACCACCCAUACAGCACCUCCAGCCGGGGCUCCGAGCCUUCCACUGCUGCCGCCGCCCGCCGCAUCGGCCACUACAGCAAAGAGAAGAAGGAAGUCAAGUGUCCGACCCCGGGCUGUGAUGGGACAGGUCAUGUGACUGGGCUGUACCCUCACCACCGCAGUCUGUCUGGAUGUCCUCACAAAGACAGAAUCCCUCCAGAGAUUCUGGCCAUGCACGAGAACGUCCUGAAGUGUCCGACUCCUGGCUGCACAGGCCAAGGCCACGUCAACAGCAACCGCAACACACACCGCAGUCUGUCCGGCUGCCCCAUCGCAGCAGCAGCUAAGCUGAACAAGACCCAGGACAAGCAGGUUCUUUUACAGGCUUCACCCAGCGAAGCCUCUUCCAACUCUGACCGAGUGCUCAGGCCCAUGUGUUUUGUCAAACAGCUGGAGAUCCCUCAGUAUGGCAGCUUCCGCCCCAACACGGUGACCACCACACCUCGGGCCAACCUGGCCAAGGAGCUGGAGAAGUACUCCAAGGUGUCUUUUGACUAUGCAAGCUUUGACGUCCAGGUGUUUGGAAAACGUAUGCUCAUUCCAAAGACCCCCAGCAGCACUGAAACAUCACCCAAAGCCUUCAAACCUAAAUCAUUCCCCAAGGCCUCCUCUCCCAGUCACAGUGUGUCAGGAGGCUUUUCCAAGAGCGCCUCGUCCUCCAGUGGUUAUGACUACAGCCAAGAUGCAGAGGCAGCCCACAUGGCAGCAACAGCCAUCCUCAACCUGUCCACCCGCUGCUGGGAGAGACCAGAGACCCUCAGCAACAAGCCCCGGGACCCCUGCACCGAGGAGUCUGACAUCGAAGUGGAUGAGAACGGCACCUUGGACCUCAGCAUGAAGAAGACUAAGAGGGAGGGCAUGCAGCCUCCAGAGCCUUCAUCCUCCUCGUCUUCAUCCUCUCAACACAUCGGGGCCCCCUUGUCUCAGGACCACACUCAGCCAGAGUGGGAGGGCCCGCUGGACUUCACCAAACCAAGUGGAGUCAAAGAGGAAGACCACGAAGAGGUGGAGUACACGGCUCCCUCGUACACCUCCUCUGACGGUGAGGAAGAGGACCAGGAGAACCUGGAGGACAGGAAGUACCCCGGUGAGGUCACCACAUCCAGCUUCAAGGUCAAGUUUCAGCCCAAAGACAGCAAAAAAGAGGUUCUUGUAUGUCCCACCCCCGGCUGUGACGGCAGCGGACACAUCACUGGCAACUACGCAUCACAUCGAAGUCUGUCAGGCUGUCCUCUUGCUGAUAAAUCACUUCGGACCCUCAUGGCUGCCCACACAGCUGAACUAAAGUGUCCGACUCCCGGCUGCGAUGGAUCGGGCCACAUCACCGGAAACUACGCUUCACACAGAAGUCUGUCAGGAUGCCCUCGAGCCAAGAAAGGGGGCGUCAAAUUAACCCCCACCAAGGAUGACAAGGAAGACUCCGAACUGUUGAGGUGUCCGGUUCCUGGCUGUGACAGUCUGGGCCACAUCAGUGGGAAGUACGCCACCCACCGCAGUGCCUACGGCUGUCCGCUGGCAGCACGCCGGCAGAAGGAAGGGCUCCUUAAUGGAACUCCCUUCUCCUGGAAGGCCUUCAAGACUGAAGGCCCGACCUGCCCGACACCAGGCUGUGACGGCUCCGGACACGCUAACGGCAGUUUCCUGACGCACCGCAGCCUGUCAGGUUGUCCCAGAGCGUCGGCCAAUAAGAAAAGAGCCAAGUUCCCCGGAGACGAGUACAUUACUGCAAAGUUCAGAGCCAGUGACGUUCUGGACAACGACGAGGACAUCAAGCAGCUCAACACUGAGAUCAACGAGCUGCACGAGUCCAACUCAGAGAUGGAGGCCGACAUGAUGAACCUGCACUCUCAGAUCUCUUCGAUGGAGAAGAACCUGCAGAGCAUGGAGGAGGAGAACAAACAGAUCGAGGAGAGGAACGAGGCCUUGUUCCUGGAGCUCUCUGGCCUGAGUCAGGCCCUGAUUCGCAGCCUGGCCAAUAUCCGCCUGCCCACCAUGCAGGAGCCGCUGUCCGAGCAGAACUUUGACAGCUACGUAGAAACCCUGACCCACAUGUUUACCAAUAAAGACUGCUACCAGAACCCUGAGAACCGGGCUCUGCUCGAGUCCAUCAACCAGGCGGUGAAGGGCAUCGAGGUGUGACAGACGGGAGCAGGGCGCCGCAGUGACCACACCAGUCUUUCUUUCAGAAACCUUUAGAUACAGUCUGUACUUCAUUCUUCUUAUUUGGAACUUUGUCCUCUGUUCUUUGCAUGUUGCUUUAUGGCGGUGUGAGCGUGGGCGCAUCCCGCUGUGGAUGUAACGUCUGCAGGUACAGCGGCCAAGCUGAGCACAUUCCCUUAGUUAGUGAACACAUAAUGUUGAUAGUAUCUGUAUGAGCAUCGUGAUGUUGCACCUCCAGGACUAGUUUGUAGAUUCAUUCUUACUAUUGCUGUGUAACUAUUUAAGUCCUCUGCAAAUGUUGGUUUAAUAACUUAUUUAUUCAUGUCUGCUGUAUUCUUUUUUUUUAUUUUAUCAUUAUCUAUUUAUUGCGUUUGUUUCUUAUUUCAAAAUGCUACCUGAGAAGAUUUUAAACGGUGACCAAGAGAAGGGAAUCAUUUCCUCAGCAUUGCAGAACAAAGAGGAAAUAUUUUAAGAUAUCAACCAUGAAUUGUUUUAUAAAUCUUAUUAUUUAUUUAAAAUACUGGGAUCUUUUUAAGUGCAAAUAUUUUGUAACUGAAAGUUUUUUAAUAAUUUUCUAAAAAUUUUUGUUGGUGUUUCUGUUUAUAUGAUUUUCCUUUUUAUUGUCAAACUAUUUUGAGUACAUUGCAAUACACUGGGAAUAUCGAGCUGCACAUAUUUGGUAUUUAUUUGGUGAUGAAGAACAAAGUGAUGGUGAAUAUUUAUUUUGUAUUGUCUAUGUGUUAAUGAUGGCUGUGUAUGGAUUAGUCUUUAAGUUGCUCUUGAAAUAAAGGUUAACCCGCAGUAAAUGUGGACUCAAACUUCUACAUAUUGUUUCUUUUGCAUGCAGAAACACCACACUCUAAAGGAAAAACAGCACUUUCCAGAUUAUUACCAUGAGUUGUUGCUGUGGAAACACCCACCCUAAGUGUUAUACCAGCGGUCAAGGGAUGAUGCUUCAUAUUUAGUUAAAAUGUAAAGUUCGUCUUCUUUGUCAAGUGAAAGAAUAAAAACAGAAGCCAGCACCUGAUCAGUAGCAGUGUGGUUUGAAAUCAGAGUACACAUCAUGUCCUGCCAGCCCAGGUUCUCUCUCCUGGGCUGCAGUCGAAAACUCAAAAGUCCUUUUUCUAACCAGUUUUCCUUUAGGAAAGCUGUGAAGGUGAAUUCCCAGGGAAAGACAACUGCAGUGCUCAGAGAAUGCAACUGCUCUCACUCUACAGUGACAAACUCAGUGCUUU